UAGCUCGUCGGAAUGUGAUUUUUUUUUAAUAAAAAAAAAUGGCGGACACUGAAAUUGAUGUGGAGGCAAAAAUCACCAGACAGUCCCUCAUGAUGCCCAACCUACCCAAAUCCCUUACCAUAGAGGAAAAGAAGUACCUCCUGGCAAUAGAAAGAGGAGACAUGCCCAACGUCCGAAGAAUGUUGCAAAAAGCCAGCCGAAAACAAAAUUUUGACAUCAACUGCGUCGACAGUUUGGGCAGAGGCGCUCUAACUAUUGCCAUAGACCAAGAAAAUCUGGAAAUGGUAGAACUGUUGGUCAUUAUGGGGGUGGAAACCAAAGACGCUUUGUUGCAUGCCAUCAACGACGAGUUCGUGGAAGCCGUUGAAUUGCUACUAGAACACGAAGAGUUGAUUCACAAAGAGGGGGAACUCUAUAGUUGGCAGAAAGUUGAUAUCAAUACGGCGAUGUUCACCCCGGAUAUAACUCCUUUGAUCUUAGCAGCCCAUAGAAAUAAUUACGAAAUUUUGAAAAUUCUUUUAGAUAGAGGAGCUACGAUUCCAAUGCCACAUGACAUCAAGUGCGGCUGCGAAGAGUGCAUCAAGGAGUCAGAAGAAGACUAUCUAAGACACUCGUUGUCAAGGUUAAAUGAAUAUAAAGCUUUAGCGAGUCCUUCUUUGAUUGCUCUGUCGUCAAGCGACCCUAUAUUGACAGCGUUCCAGCUGUCGUGGGAGCUGCGGAACUUGGCCUUUGCCGAACCGGAAUGUAAAUCCGAAUACAUGGAACUAAGAAAACAGUGUCAACAAUUCGCUGUAGAUCUUCUCCACCAAUCCAGAAGCUCGCAAGAACUGGCCUUCAUUCUUAACCACGACCCGGAUAGUCCUCCCUAUGAAGAGGGCGAACACAUGAAAUUAGCCCGGUUGGAACUAGCCAUCCAGUACAAACAGAAAAAGUUUGUGUCGCACCCGAACAUCCAGCAACUCCUGGCAGCAAUCUGGUACGAAGGCGUCCCAGGUUUUCGGAGAAAAUCUGCAGUCCAGAAAGUUAUGAUCAUUGUAAAAGUAGCCGUUUUGUUCCCUUUUUACUGUCUCCUGUACAUGAUUGCUCCCGAAACCAAAACCGGGAAAUUAAUGCGGAAACCUUUCAUGAAAUUUUUGAUACACGCGUCGUCGUACCUUUUUUUCUUGUUCCUACUGAUUCUGGUGUCCCAACGAGCCGAAGACCAAAUCAUCGAGCUAUUCGGAACGGAAAGCAUGAAGCUAAGCGUGCAAGAGAAGUACCAGAAGCAGCGAGGAAACCCACCCACGAUUCUCGAAUACGUGGUACUAGUUUACGUACUCGGUUUCAUUUUCGAAGAAACCCACGAGAUUUAUGUGGAGGGUAUGAAGUCGUACUUACGGAAUUUGUGGAACUUCAUCGACUUCACUCGGAACUUUUUGUACACCGCUGUGUUCCUACUAAGAGUGGCAGCGUACAUCCAGCAGACGUCCGAAAUCGAGAAAAACCCCACAACUGCCUAUAUUCGAAGAGAGCGCUGGCAGGAUUUCGACCCGCAGCUCAUAGCCGAGGGGCUUUUUGCAGCCGCUAAUAUCUUCAGUGCCUUAAAACUAGUUCACCUCUUUUCCAUAAACCCUCAUUUGGGGCCUCUGCAGAUCUCCCUCGGUAGAAUGGUCAUCGACAUCGUCAAGUUCUUUUUCAUUUACACUUUGGUACUAUUCGCUUUCGCGUGCGGUUUGAACCAACUGCUUUGGUACUUCUCCGAUUUGGAAAAGCAGAAGUGUUUCCAUCUACCAACCGGCGAGCCGGAUUUUGAUGGAGCUGGAGACGCUUGCAUGAAAUGGAGACGUUUUGCCAACGUGUUUGAAUCGUCGCAGUCGCUUUUUUGGGCUAGUUUUGGCAUGGUGGACCUCGGCAGCUUCGAACUCACCGGAAUCAAAACCUACACCCGAUUCUGGGGUUUGUUGAUGUUCGGGUCGUACUCAGUGAUCAACGUGAUCGUACUCUUGAACCUCCUCAUCGCUAUGAUGUCAAAUUCCUACGCGAUGAUCGACGAACACUCCGACACCGAAUGGAAGUUCGCCAGAACCAAACUCUGGAUGAGCUACUUCGAAGAAAGCGCCACUCUCCCAUCACCAUUUAACAUCUUCCCGAAACCCAAACACUUGCUCAAGCUCUUUGGUCUCCGCAAGAAAGACAAGUUGAGGAAAAUGUCCACGAAGCGACGAAACCGGGAAGAAAAAGAGCGCGACUACAAAUACACGGCGGUUAUGAGAGCCUUGGUUUGGCGGUACGUUUCAGCCAUGCAUCGCAAGUGUGAAGAAAACGUGGUCACUGAAGACGACAUCAACGAAGUGAAGAGCGACAUUUCGUCGUUCCGGUACGAGAUUUUGGAAGUUUUGCAGAAGAACGGGAUGGAUAUUUCGUGCGCGGAGCGCAAAGAGAAGGCGGUUUUGGGGAAGAAGAUGAAGAUCUGGGAGCGGCGGUUGAUGAAAGAUUUCAAGGUGGCACCAGUGGUGAUUGACGAAGAGGCGGAGUUUAUUUACCAGCCGCCUCCCGAAGGGGAGGAUUCGCUGGCUAAGUUUAGAAGAAUCGCCAAAUUGGCGGUGAUGAACUCGAAUUUGAAUAAGUGGCGACAAGUGGUUAAAGGGGCUUGUAUAGCGUCGCAGAUUGGACACUGCCACAGGAGGGAUUCGUUUAAAAAGCAGCAAAAUCUGCAACGCGCUAUGGAGGAAGCCAAAAAGUUGAAAGUCAAAAGUCCGGUUCAAAGUCGGGCACCUACACCCAUCGAACUUCCGGAUACCACUGGUUCGAACAUAAUCAGAAUAAUUAGGGAGUUCACUCCUGAUAGUUUGGAACCACCGAAGUAUAGUUUGAGCCCGAGUCCAACCAUUUUGCAAAAGUCGGGCGAUAAGGGACCCAUAAUUUCGAUUUCGCCCCCUCAAAACGACGAACGUGGGAAAGAAGAGCCCGAUUUAAUCAAUCUAGAGAGUGCCAAAACGUCACCAAUUCUUCCACCCAAAGGUUUCCUCAAAAAAAAGACUUCGUUGGAGUCGUUGGAUAAACUGAUUGACGGUAACCUCGAUCAGGGUAGGUCUUCGGACUCUAAUUCUUUAGACGAAGACAAAGUACUUAGAGAUGAGUCAGUAACGUCACCGUCCAGUGACGACAAAAGUUUAGAUAGUUUGACCAAAAAGUCUUUCUCUCCCGACUCAGAAAGCGCGGACAAAAAAAGCGACGAAAUCGUGGAAUCCAAAAAUGUUACUUUCAAUUUAGACCAAACGUAUGAAGAAAAUAAGAGUGAGUUCAAAGGUGCGGGAGGGAUUUUGAAAAAGAUAGAGAAGUUAGAAGAGGCGUUAGAAACCAGUCAAGAUGUAGAAGUCAAGGUUGAGGUGGAAGCUUCCGAUCUUGAACCAAUUGAGAAACCAGAAGACGACAAUACAAAUGUUGAUGUAGAAGGUGAAGAUGGACCAAUGGUGAAAGAAGAAGUAGCAUUAGGUGAAAGUACUAAAACUGACGACGAAAAAGAAAAUGACACCUACGCUAAAGAUGAAGCACCAACUACUCAAGAAGAGGAAGAUACAGAGGCAGCAAAAGCUACAGUCCGUGAAGUAGAGGCCGUAAGCGGUGCAGAUACUACAGCUACUAAAGACGAAGAAGUUGAUGAAGAAAAGAAAGAUGAAGGUGAUAAAGCUGCCAAAAUUGAAGAGGUGGCUACUAAAAUGGAGCUUAAACCAACAGUCGAGGAAGACCCAGUUCUGGAUAAAUCGCCGCUAUCAGUCAGAAAUAUCAGAAGAAUAAAUGACAGCAGCAGACGUCAGCCAAGAACUGGUUGGCUUUAAAAUAUAGUUUAAACAGUGGGAAUUAAAAUUUUGAUAAAUAUGAAUUUAAAAACAAUAGAAAUGAGGAAAAGAAAAAUAACCGUGAAUAAUAAUUUUUGUAGAAUUUUUAUCAACAACAAAAUUAAAUUGUAACGAAUGCCUUAAACACUAGUACCUGGAAAACUACUACGAUCUUGCCAUAUACAAAGUUUGUAUUGUCAUAUCCGAUGAUGAAAAACAUUUUGGGACCAAAAACACUGUCCUUCAGUCUUUAGAUCUGUAUGGUGUUACAAAUACCGGGUGAUUGUGUUUUUUUGUCAGGUUGGCAACAUCUGACAUGCUAACAUUGCUGCCAAUUAUUCAAAAUUACCAACACAAGUCAUCUGGUAGUUUCACAAUGGAUUUUUAAAUACAUUUGGACUAUUUUCUGUGUUAAACAAUGCUCGAUUUUUUUAUCUUCGUUUCGUGAUUCCACAUCACUUAAAAUUAAGCACCUUACUUGUUGAAUUCGUAUUAAUAUAAAAAAUAUUUGUUCUUUUUUUCAAUAUCGAACCUCUUCCUGUGGUUGUUAUGAAACGCGACAAAGAGAGACAGUGAAAUAAUUAAGUGUUCUGUCAGUCAAUAUUUGAAAAUAAAAUACACGAUGAUUAUCCGCUCCAUCUGUGCGGAAUAAAGCGUUUGCUGGAUAAACUCUCUCUUCAUCGCGUUUUUCCUUCGUCAAAUAAUAAUUAAAUCGAUACAACAAUAAUGUGUGUU